AUGGCAGAGCUUUGUUUACAGGAACUCAGUUGGGACGACAUUCUGCCGCUUCAUAAUACUCAACGAUGGUUACGCAUCAGGGAAGAUUUAACCAGCUUGGCCAAGCUUUCAAUCCCACGAUGGUUCAACACCACGACCACGUCUACAGUUGAACUUCAUGGCUUCGCUGAUGCAUCAGUCCUCGCAAUGGCAGCCGUCGUCUAUCUCGUCGUACACGCACCGUCCACGGCUGUACACUUCGAAGUUGUCACCGACUACUCAGCCGACGCGUUCAUCGCAGCCUAUCGCAGAAUCGCAGCAAGGAGAGGAACUGCAGCCUCUCUCUACUCUGAUUGCGGCACCAACUUCCAAGGAGCGGACCCGCAGUUAAAAAAGCAGUUCAAGGACAGCACAUGCGAAAACCAAGACGUCGCAGCUCUUCUAGCCAAGGAUGGUACGCAGUGGCACUUCAACCCUCCUGCCGCUCCACACAUGGGUGGAAAAUGGGCGGCAGUGGUCAAGUCUCUCAAAUUCCAUCUGAAGAGGACGAUUGGAGAUGCUUUAUUGACGUUCGAGGAAUCAAAAACAUUGCUCGCGCAGAUUGAAGCCAUCCACAAUUCAAGACCGUUGGAACCACUCAGCGAUGAUCCAGACGACGUCUCAGCCCUCUCACCAGGACACUUCCUGAUCGGAUCGCCGCUCAACGCAGUGCCAGAGCCCACGCUUCUCGACAUCUCAGUCAACAGAUUGUCAAGGUGGCAAUUUGUACAGAAGCGCCUCCAACAAUUGUGGAGACUCUGGUCAACGCAGUACUUGCAGCGACUCCAGGCCAUCUCAAAAUGGCAUCAUCCGUCCAACGAGAUCAAGGUAGGCUCUUUUGUUCUCAUUACUGAUGAACGCUUGCCCUCAGGAAAAUGGCCCAUGGCCAGGGUUCUCGGUCUGAUGCCAGGAAAGGAUGGACUUACCAGGAUCGUCACCCUCAAGACGGCCACCACAACGCUCACGCGGCCUAUCGCCAAGCUGGCUCCUCUUCAUCAGCCCUCUGAGGACAACGCGGACACGCAGACCACAUCAUCGACCAGUCGCUGA